AUGUUGACCGGACAAAACGUACUGGGAAUUAUUGUUAAAAAGUAUUAUUGUAAAGAUCAAGAAUAUGUUCAUCAUCUACCUAAACCCCAACGUUUUCAUGUAGCCGAAUUUAAUUUUGAUCAUGUUUCGGAUGUUUAUGCUAUUACGUUAUGGAUACUCUUAGGAUCAUUAGCCAAAGUUGGUUUUCAUUUAUCACAUCGUUUAACGGAAAAAUUUCCUGAAAGUUGUCUAUUAAUUGUAUUAGGCUUAAUUGUUGGUGCAUUAUUAUACCUUACUCAUCUAGCUGACCAAAAAGCUUAUGUAUUAAAUUCAACUACAUUUUUUAUAUUUUUAUUACCACCCAUUAUAUUAGAAGCUGGAUAUUUUAUGCCAAAUCGUCCAUUUUUUGAUAAUUUAGGUACAAUAUUAUUGUUAGCUAUUGUUAAUACAUUAUUUAACACAAUUUGUAUUGGUUUAACAUUAUGGGGACUUUCAUUUACACCACUGUUUGGUGGAACAAAGUUUGGUAUGUUACCAUGCCUUGUUUUUGCUUCUCUUAUAUCGGCUGUUGAUCCUGUGGCUGUUCUGGCAACGUUUACAGAAAUUCACGUUAACGAUAUGUUAUAUAUUGUUGUUUUUGGUGAAUCAUUGCUCAAUGAUGCAGUAUCUGUAGUAUUAUAUCGUAUGUUUGAUGCAUUCGCACGCAUUGGACAAGAAAACUUAAUACCACUUGAUAUUGUUCUUGGCUGUUUAUCAUUUUUUGUUGUCGCUUUGGGAGGUGUUCUAAUUGGAAUUAUAUUUGGAGUUAUUGCUUGUUUUACAACGAAAUUUACUGAACAUACUCCUGUAUUAGAACCAUUGAUUAUUCUCGUCUAUGCUUACUUAUCCUAUUUAACAUCAGAAAUGGUUUCUGUUUCGGGAAUAUUAGCGUACGAUUACCUUCUGUGGCAUGGCAUAACUAUAUUUGCUAAUAUUGCAAAUACUUGGCGUUUAUUAGAAUUGACUCGUAUUGAUAUGUUAAUUAUGAGUUAUGGAGGAUUACGCGGAGCUAUUGCAUUUGCAUUAGCCUUGAUUUUAGAUGAAAAUACAAUACCACAGAAAAAAGAAUUUGUCACUGCUACAAUAGCCGUUGUCUUUUUUACUGUUUUUAUUCAGGGUAUUACAAUUGGUCCAUUAGUCAAAUUAUUAAAUGUAAGACGAAAACAAACUGAAGAGCCAACAAUGUCAGCUAAACUUACAAACAGAAUGAUGGAUCAUGUGAUGACUUGUUUGGAAGAAAUUAGCGGUAGUAGUGGAAGUAAUUCAUUACGAGACAAAUGUCGAAAUCUUGAUCGAAAUUAUUUUAAACGUUGGCUAUUACGUGAAACUCCACAAGAAAGAAUGGAUAUUAAAUUAUUGCAAACAUUUAAAAAGAUAAGCACGCAAUCUGCCAUGAAAGUACACGAUUUAUCCAAAGGACUUGUACCUGCUAUGCAUGCGUCACAAUCAGCGCCUGCUUUAAAGCCAGAAAAUGCGUAUACGAAUAUGGCACAUUUACUUGCAGCUAAUCUACAACAUGAACAAACUGUUCCUGAUCUCAUGUUUUUUGAUGCUCAACAAUCGGAACAAAAAUUAGACGAUGCUAAACUGCAUCACUUUCUCGACAAUAACAUGUUUAUAGCACGUCCUAGAGCUCCAAUUCAUUUACGUAAUCAAGAUGAAACUCAUAAUAUAUCUACAAUAACUAAUAGUGAUCGUUUUGAUCAUCAGUUACAUCAUCGUAGUAAUUUUUAUAUGCCACCCAAAGUAGAAACAACAAAAGAAUCUAAACGUAAUAAAACAGAUAAAUCAGGGAAAAUAAUUACACACCAGUCAGUGAAUAACAAUGAUAAUCAAAAAAGAAGUUCCAUAACACCUUCUCCAACAUCAUCACCAGCAACUUCACAUCAUCAACGGUCAAAUGCGUCUUCUCAAGAUAAGCCAUAUCCUACCCAAACAAGAAGUUUGUCAUCUUCUCCUCAAUUAUCUGUACCACACAAACAAAAACAACAGCAAUCAGUACAGAAUAACAGAACAAAAAAGAUGACACCAUCAUCAGUUCAAGAAGAAACUGGUUCAACAGCAGCUGAAUCGACGUUUCCUUGGCGAAAUAGUAUGGAUGCGUCAGGUGUUCCAGUUCGUUUAACCGAGCAACCAUUAACAGUAUCAGCGUUUGGUUCUUAUACGACUAACGAUCAUUUCUCAUAUGCAACAACAACGAGACCUGAAGAUAAUACAUAUAAAGCGAAUGUAAAAAAUUUGUUCGGUGUUAAUGAACAACAAGAAUCAGCGUUAUCAGAUGAUGGAGAAGGGAGUCAUCGAUCAACCGAUGUCGAAAUAAGGACUUCUUUCCCUAGUGCGAAUAGCGAUACAAGCGAACAAACGACAACUAGAUUGUGA